AUGAAGGGGUGCUCACUUAUGCUCGCUACUGUAGAACAGUUUUAUAGUGGUGUGACCCGUUAUUUGGAUAUAAGAAGUUAUGGGAAUCUGAAAGAGUUUGGUUGUCGAGGAGAUGAAAUCACCUCAUCCUCUCUCCCCUUCUACCAGAACUGCACUGUUCUCUUUGGAGGUCUGAAACUUUUCAAUCUAUCCGACGAUUUUGAUCCAACUCAACUCUCUAAUGUCCGCAAAAUAAUUGGACCAAUUGAUAUCCAGAAUACCUCUUUGAAGGAUUUAUCAUUUUUGAAAGAUGUCGAUUUGGUGCAAAUUAGUAAUGUUGGAUUGAAGGGCGACGGAGUGACUUUUAAUAUCCAGAACAAUCCUUAUAUGACGAAGCUGGGAAUGCCUAAUAUGGUAAAUUUUUGUCUGACGAUUGGUGAGAUGAACAAGUUAUCCGAUAUGAAAUUUGUUCAUAUUGAUGCCACAUAUUGUGAUGAAACGGAAAAAGUGUUCGGAGGAAAGUUAUGUCGUUCCGAUGAUCUCGAGAAAUGUACUUAUUUUUGGGGUGACGUCAUUAUUGAAUCUGAAGAGUUUGAUUAUUUGCAAAAGAACUUGACGCAUAUAUUCGGGAAGCUGGUCAUUCAGAAUACUAAGAGAAAAAACUUAAAAAUUUUCCCGCAAUUGACUCACAUUAUUUCACUAGAUUCAACGUCGCCCGCUAUUCAAAUUGUGGGUAAUCAGGACUUGAAGAACGCUAUGUUUCCAAAAUUGCAAAGAGUGGCAGCCAGAAGUGGAGUACGUGUCAGUAUAGAAAAUAACAACCCAAGUCUUUUAAAUUCAUCGGACGCCUUGUUUCCACCACCGAGUGCUCGAUACAUCAAUACUGUUGGAGAAUAUAUAGAGCCGCCCAUUUAA